AUGAGCCCAGGCCCCGUCCGAAAGUCCGGAGCCUUGGUCCUGCGGCGAUUCUCGAAUUCGGACAUGUCGCGCAAUGUCUCGAUUUCCGAGGAGAUCACCUAUUUUGAUAAUUGGCCUCACGGCCAAUCGUCGGAGAGCCAGCCGACGGAGAACGACCGUCUCAUGGAGUCGGAGGAUGAGGGGUCGAUUCGGAUCGAGGUCCCAUCACGGCCCCCAACUGGGGCAAGGAUGGGAAGACGCUUCACCCUCAACCCCCUGAUCUUCGCCAAAGAAGAAAAAGAGGCGAGAAGGCAGUCGUUGGCGCAGCUGAAGCUCAGCUACUACCCAACCAAUGUUAAUCCGGAUACCUACGAUACGGGCCUUGGGUUUUGUGGAUGGCUGUUGAUGGGGCUGUCGUACCUGUUGAUGCUGUCGACGUUCCCGAUUUCGGUGAUAUUCUGUAUAAAGGUGGUCCAAGAAUACGAGCGAGCCGUCAUCUUUCGGCUUGGACGAUUGAUUGGAGGCGGAGCAAGGGGCCAGGUUGAUCUCAGGACCGUGUCUUUCAACGUUCCACCGCAAGAGAUCCUAACGAAAGACUCCGUGACAACAUCAGUAGAUGCUGUCGUCUACUACAGGGUUUCGAAUGCGACAGUAUCGGUCGCCAACGUUGAAAACGCCCAUCACUCAACGCGAUUAUUGGCCCAGACAACGCUUCGAAAUAUGCUGGGAACUAAAGAUUUGGCCGAGAUUCUGUCCGAUCGAGACGCGCUGGCGAUUAGUAUGCAGGCGGUCCUCGACGACGCGACGGAAAGCUGGGGGAUCAAGGUGGAGCGGGUGGAAAUAAAAGACGUCCGACUCCCCGUCCAACUUCAAAGGGCCAUGGCUGCUGAAGCUGAAGCGACGAGAGAGGCUAGGGCAAAGGUGAUCGCCGCCGAGGGAGAGCAGCUCGCGUCGAGGUCAUUACGCGAGGCUGCAAAUGUGAUUUCCCAGUCCCCGGCCGCCCUGCAGCUCCGAUAUCUACAGACGCUGAAUACUGUGGCAGCCGAGAAAAACUCGACGAUCAUCUUCCCGCUGCCCGUCGAGCUGAUCAGGCAUUGGUUGAGU